CUGCGUGUUCGACUAGAGUCAUUGAUAGGAGAGGCAGCAGUCUCAUCUCUCGUUCUCGAUGAAGCGUCAGUUCAUACCUCAGUAAAUAAUACAGAAGCUGAAAUGUUAGCAAAGGCCGAAAUUAAGGAUUCCUUUGCAGCAGAUAUCAUCUCGAAAGCAAAGGCCAAGGGACUUACACCCGAACAACUCCACGCAAAAGCCAUUCGGGACCAGACGACAAAACGCAG